AUGGCUCAAUAUUCUAAUGCUUUCAUGGAAGAGACUAGAGCUAAUACCAAGAACAUAAAUGCAUCUAUCAGAAAUUUGGAGAAUCAAAUUGGCCUACUAGCUAAGCAAAUUACUGAUAGCACUCCAGGUACUUUUCCUAGUAAUACAAUUACUAAUCCAAAGGAAGAUUGCAUGGCUAUCACAACUAGAAGUGGUAAAGUGGUGGUAGCUCCAGAAAAGUCGAACAUAAAUGUGGGAGCUGAUGAGAAGCUUAAUGACGUUAAGGAGCCAGAAAAAGAAGUGGUAAUUCCUUCUAAGGUUGUGAAGCCUCUUCAGAAAGGUGAAGAAGAAGAGCAACCGAUUGUUGCUAAAAAGAAAAAAUUUGAGAUGAAUCCUGGAUAUUUGCAUAUAAAUAUCCAUUUUGUUGAAGCCUUGGCUAGCAUGCCAAAUUAUGCCAAGUUCAUGAAGGAUCUAUUGUCUAGGAAACAUAAGUUGCAAGAAUGCAAGACUGUGACACUCACUGAAGAGUGUAGUGCAAUAAUACAUAAUAAGUUUCCUCCUAAGCGUCAUGAUCCAGGGAGCUUCACUAUUCCAAUUUCUAUUGGUAACACUAAUGUUGGCAAAGCUUUGUGUGAUCGUGGGGCGAGUAUAAAUUUGAUGCCCUUGUCUCUGUGUAAAUCUUUGGGGAUCUCUAAGCUUAAGCCUACUAAGGUUUCCUUGCAACUUGCUGAUAGAUCUUUGAGGAAACCCACUGGUAUAAUUGAAGAAGUCCUUGUGAAAGUGGACAAGUUCAUAUUUCCAGCAAAUUUUGUGGUGUUGGACAUGGAAGAGGGAACUGAAAUGCCUCUUUUGUUAGGAAGACCUUUCUUGGCUACUGCUC